AUGGCGCCCACCACCCCGUACUUCCGGCCCUCAAACCAUGCCCAAGGCUUGGCCAAUUAUCCCCAUGCACGGACUGUGCCAUCGAACAACGGACAAGGAUCAUACAUAUACGUCUCGGGAACCUCUUCCCGCCGCGGCGAUGGAACAUUCGUCGGCGCCAUUCGCACAGAAGAUGCCACAGGCAAGGUCACACUAGACCUAGACAUCCGGCAGCAAACCGCCUCAGUUCUGUCCAACAUACACGCAGAUAUUCAAGCGGCCUCAGAAGGGAAGGCGGGAAUUCACGACGUCGUCGACGCGACUGUCUUCAUGACCAGCAUAAGCGACGACUACUCGGGCAUGAACGAGGAGUGGAACCGUGUGUGGCCGGAUCGUACUACGGCGCCAGCUCGGACAACGGUUGAGGUGCGCGCGUUGCCACGCGAAGAGAUAUUGGUGGAGAUCAAAUGUGUUGCAUAUUACCAAUAA